GAAGUCGUCAACACUUAACCACAGAUAUCUCCCUCACGAUACCACGGUGACUCGGGUCAUCUUCGCGCGGUUCUCCCUUGAACGAUCAUUCUCCCCAUCACCCAUCACUUGGCAACCAUCACCUCAUCCUCCGCGUCCGGAGAACAUUCACCAUCAUGGCCGCUAGAAAGCUAGCGAACGAAGUCGAGCGGUGCUUCAAGAAGGUCAAGGAGGGUGUCGAGGCCUUCGAGAGCAUCCACGACAAGAUCCAGACAUGCACAAAUCCCUCACAGAAGGAGAAGUUGGAGGAUGCCCUGAAGAAAGAGAUUAAGAAGCUUCAGCGGUCGCGCGACCAGAUCAAGGCCUGGGCGGCCAUGAACGACAUCAAAGACAAGAAACCUUUGAUGGAACAUCGGAAACUAAUCGAGUCGCAAAUGGAGAAAUUCAAGCAGGUCGAGAAGGAGAUGAAGACAAAGGCCUACUCGAAGGAAGGUCUCUCCGCCGCAUCGAAAUUAGAUCCCAAGGAGAAGGAGAAGCUGGAGUGCUGCGAAUUCCUCGGGACCAUGCUAGAAGAACUGGAACGCCAGAUCGAAAUGCAGGAGGCCGACGUUGAACACCUACAAGCCACGAUGAAGAAGGGCAAGAAGGACACUUCCAAAGCGGAUCGAAUCGCGGAACUCGAGGACAUGGUGGAACGACAUAAAUGGCAUCAAGGCAAACUGGAGCUGUUAUUACGAGCAUUAGAAAACGGUGGCGUCGAAGUGGAGCAGGUCCGGGACGUGGAGGAAUCGAUCCGCUACUACGUCGAAAGCAAUCAAGACCCCGAUUUCGUCGAAGACGACAGCUUCUACGAGGAUUUCAAUCUGCAGGAAGAAGAAGGCUUGUACGGGAUGGCCAACGAAGGGGAUCGCGUCUCCUCGCAGGACAAUCAGUCCAUGCCGGGCGAUAUCGACCUCGAAUCGAAACCGCUGAAACCGAAACCGACAUCGAUGUCCGAUGCAUCCGGCACCGUGGUUCGACGACCGUCGACGCAGAUGAAAUCUCCAUUACCCUCCCUCGCAACCCUACAUCAGCCGCCCCUCCCAGCAUCAAGUGGCCCGACGACAAGUAUGAAGCCAGCGCCAAUACCCACUCCAGGCGGGCCCCUGAAGUACGCAUCGGCUGCAGCCGCCGCCGCAGCAAGCGACAAACACAACGUUGGCAUCUCGCCAUUACCGGCCCCGCCUGGCACUCAAGCAUCCGACGCUUCAAGUCUUACACCUGUUUCCGGAUCGAAACCUUCGUCAACGUCACCCUCAGUUGUCCACGCUCAAGCCGCAGCGGCAGCGAAGCAAAUCACGGGAUCUACAAUCGACGGGACCGCACCGGCACCGCAACAUCCGGCCAAAUCUCCGGCUCUCAGCCAUACCAUUGCGACACGAAGCAUGGCUGUACCGCGAAUUCCGGCAUUGGAGAAAGAGAAAACACCGCAGAGACCCGCAGACAUCCAAACGGAACGGAAGGUUUCCACCACGGAAGCCGAGGAAGCACAUCCAGGCACACCGGCAUUAACGAAUGGCGACACACAUUCCGAACCCGAAGAGCCCGAUCCGAUCUUCCAUCUCCCCAAGAACCUGCAGGAACUUCUCGACAUGGCCGACUCGAAACCCGGGGCACCGGAAUCGACCAUCCCCGACGACCAGCUCCUCGACGCAUCCAUGUUCACCCAUCCCGGCACCCUCGACAGCGACGCACGUCGCUACAAACCCCAGAACCCGUACCCUCACACUCCCGCCACCUAUCCCCAUCUUCCUGAUCCGAUCUUCGACGACCCUCGCCUCUACAAACGAAUCGACACCGACGCGCUGUUCUACGCAUUCUACUACCGGCAGAACACCCUGCAGCAGCACUUGGCGGCCGAAUCGCUGAAAUAUCAGAGUUGGCGGUUUCACACCCAAUACCAGACGUGGUUUCAGCGACACGACGAGCCGAAGCAGAUCUCGCAAGACUACGAACAGGGGACGUACCGCUUCUUCGACUACGAGAGCACAUGGAUGAACCGCCGGAAAGCUGAUUUUGUGUUUCAGUACAAGUUCCUGGAAGACGAUGUGUGAGCGCUGUACAGGGCUGACAGGUGUAGAUUACGCAAGCAAGGAUGGUUCUAGCUAAUUCCCCUCUGGAAUCGCAUCACGGAAGGUGCAUGUUUCGCUGAGAGAGGUACCGGACAGGGGCGAAGGUUGACGGGUAGUCAACAUUACGUGAACGAUCACUAUUCACCCAUCGUGCAUCUAUGAAUUGCUUCUGGUGAUCAACGUGCGAGAUGAACUUGAUCCUACAGACCAUUUGCGGUGACCCCUGAAUAGGAGGCACGACCACACUAUCUUCUAGAUCGAUCCGCAUAUUGAUUCCCGCAUCAGUAUUCAACAAA